AUGAGGCCAACCAGCGCGUGCAUGAAGGAGGAGGGGAACAGACAUAAGCACGCUCCCACGAGGGGCAUGACCAUCCAAAACUAUCACCAACUUGGCUGCCUUUCCACCACUGAAGUACUACACUACUCAAUCAACCCGCAUUACAAGAGCAGUGCAUCACCUUUCUCAAUGUCUCGGUGGCACUUGGCUGACUGCCAGGCGCCAGACGUGCGGGUUGAGGACAAUGUACCGCACUGCUGGGCCUGUGGCGCAGCGCCGCAUCUGGAAAGCAUCGUCGCAGCCGCCAGCAAAUCGAGUUCCCUCCCACAUAUCCCCCCAGACGAGCCACUCGAUCAGAUGAACUUAUGGUGGCCGCCUUCGAUGCCCUACACGCGUGAGGACACAUCGGAGGACCGUGUCGGACCUCAAGAACCUUUGGAGCACCGUGACUUGGCAGUGGCACACCCUGCUCAUGUCUUCGCUCGGGAAGAAUCAGACUGCGCCACGGCUCCGGUAAAUUCGGAAGAGGAGAUGGCCCAUACACGAGAGAGCCGGUGCGGCCAUGAACCGAAGCCCGUACCCGCCAUUUACGCCACCCCCCUUGCUCCGGACCACUUUCGACUUCUCUGCCUUCACGCGCCGCCGUCCGUGCAGCAAGACUUCCCCAUACAUUGCGAUCUCGGGACCUUUCCACUCGAUGACUGCCCAGAGUACGAAGCCAUGUCGUACGCGUGGGGCGGGGAGAACGGGGACAGCACCAAGCGCUGUCCAAUCUACAUCGGUCCAUACUGGGACGUUUUGGUCCAGACACAGAACUGCUCCGAUAUGCUCCGACAUAUCAGGCCUCUCAGGGGUUUCCGAUUGGUCUGGGUAGAUGCCAUCUGCAUAAAUCAAGAGGACGAUAGUGAAAGAUCAAGUCAAAUUGCUUGCAUGGCCCGCAUCUAUGGCCUGUGCCUUAGAGUCGUUGUCUACCUCGGGCAAGACCUCUGCUCUCCACUGCCCGCCGGGCGGAGCCAUCCCCAUCGCGCCGGCCUUGAAACCCUUUCAGACCUCAGCGGAGUCCUGGGCAGGAAGUACUUCAGCCGCGUCUGGGUGAUCCAAGAGCUGGUUCUCCCGAAGGAUGUCAUGCUGCGCGUCGGGAGCACGGACUAUAAAAUUCACGCCUCCACCUUCGCCAACCACAAAAUACCGGAAAUGGUACCGGCGCAUUGGAUACGGUACGCAACCAAGGGCAUGUUGGCUGGCGAUGGUAUUGUCGAUAUAAUCCCACUCACCUGGGAGUCUUGUGCAAGCGACCCCCGCGAUCGUAUCUUCGGGAUUUUAGGUCUUCUUGAAGACGACACGUCUGGAUCGCUGCCCAGCCCGAGACUGGACCUGACAGCAGACUACGGCCUGUCUCCCCAACAUGUCUUCACUGGCUUAUUCGCCUACCUAAUCGUGCGAAUGGGAAGCUCCAAGAUUCUGGCCGCGGCCGUCGGUAUCAAAGGCUGGGGUCAAAUGCCAUCGUGGAUGCCUGAUUGGCAGGCCGACGUCCAUUCCCGGCCGAGGUCAUUUGGCCAAAAUAUGACAAGACACCCAGACGAAUUACAUCACUUGAGCGGCAUUCCCAUGAACUACUCGAGGCGGGAAGACAGUGUGUUUUCGAUGUCGCUGCGCGAGGUCGUGGCGGGGGUACCAGACCCCGAACUGAUCCCCUGGGACCACGGGAUACGAGUCGACGCUCGAACGGCCCGCCUCCAAGUUGCUCUGGUCCAUAUCAUGCCGGUGCCUUCUUUGCCCAACCUGAUAGCAGUGGAUGAAGGCCUAUGCACGUACUGGCUGCCGGUCGGUACUGGCGAGGACUAUGGCGUGGUAAUCAUGAAGAAUGGGGAGCUCAACUGCCGCCUAGAACCAGGACUCGACCACUUUUUCGUGUUGGAUCACGGAGAUGGCGCAUGCACCCAUCUGAUCCUGAGGCCUUCUAGCUCCAAAAUUACCACCCUACCCACAUUAAACAGCUACGGUAACGACUGUUAUCUGGGUGCCGGGGAUCGCCAGCGCUGCUUGUCUUGGGGUGGCUGGAGGGUGGUGGCCGUAUAUAGUCGGAUAUUCCUCGCCUACUCGUCAUACGCAGAGGAGAAGCUUCGACAAGGGCAAGCAAUGCGGACCCGAGCUCAUCCGCUAACUAGUAUCCACCUAGGCGAGCUGCGUGUCCCUCGAUCUCAGCUUGUCAGAUAUUUUGCCGCCGAGAUACGUGGGGAGUGCCGAGAAUCCGGAGGUCUGGGCGACGAUGCACCGAAUGUCUUUCGAACCGUUCUCACGUUUGAAGGAUAUCCGGACGACCGGGCACCGAGUUUCCUUCGAAUCCUUCUCGGGUCCAAAGGAUUCACGGCUGAGGGUGUGGUCUGUCUGAUACAGGCAAUUAUCGAGCAGGAUAUGGACGAGAAUAAGCGGGGUAUAUUUGGGCGUGAGUUCAUGCGACUGGCCGACCCAAGGAUGGAGCCGCAGGCAACCGCCAGCCAUCUGUCCUGGACAGUAUGGUACUGGAAGGUGGUCCCCGCCAAGCAUUCGCCGGCUUAUUACGAUCAGCUAUUGCUUCCAAAUUUCACCACCGACGGGACCUACAGGAACGGGGGCGAUAACCCAAUCCAGACCCCUGAACAGAAACAAGAGGUUUUUGCCAGCAACGUAUUGGGAAAUGUCCCAUUUUGGUCGGCUGUCGAGGGCUUCAAUAGCAGCGGGGCCAACGCUCCGAUCGUGAAGGCAACGAUCGACAGGGCAAUCACUGCCAUCAAAGUAUACAACUCUUGGCUGUACGGACGCGUUGAAGUCUUGAGUGCGGUAACAAGGGGCGAGCCUUUGCGCGCAUUAACCAGUGGACCGACACCGGAGGAGGAGUUGAUGGGAUUCCCAGGAGGCAUGUCGCUGGACGAGGCAACUGCCUUCAGGUUGAAUGGAUCGACCUACAGCAUCGGCCUUAUUUAGACGCUUCAUCUCCAACAAUCUCAGCUGUUUUUUACAUAGUACAUGGGAAAUGAGAGCACUAUUGCC